AUGGCGAUGGCUGAAGGAAUGAACAGCACAGCAGUUACCAGGUUUAUCCUCUUGGGAUUCUCUGAAUUUCCCAGGCUCACAGCCAUCUUCUUUUCAAUCUUCUUAGGCAUUUAUCUCAUGACAGUGUCUGGGAAUUUGGGCCUCUUUACCCUGAUCAAGAUGGACGCUUUCCUGCACACACCUAUGUAUUUCUUCAUCAGUAAACUUGCCUUCUUAGAUUUUUGUUAUGCUUCCUCCACAAUUCCCAAGAUGCUCUCAGACUUCUUCAAGAAGCAGAAAUUUAUCUCCCUUAGGGGGUGCACCAUGCAAUACUUCUUCCUCUCUGGCCUGGCUCUGACCGAGUGCUGUCUCCUAGUGGCCAUGGCUUACGAUCGCUAUGCCGCCAUUUGCAAUCCGCUCCUCUAUCUGACCAUCAUGUCUCCCACUCUCUGUGUGCAGAUGAUGGUAGGGUCUUGUAUAACUGGGUUCUUGGGUGGAUUUAUCCAACUAUGUGGCUUACUUCAGCUCCAUUUCUGUGGCCCUAAUGUCAUCAACCAUUUCUUCUGUGACCUUCCACAACUCAUGCUGCUAUCCUGCACUGACACCAUUUUCUUACAAGUUAUAAUCUCUGUGCUCACAGUAAUUUUUGGAGUCAUGUCUGUUCUGGUUAUCAUGAUAUCCUAUGGGUAUAUAGUUGGUACCAUUCUGAAGAUUGCUUCAGCAGAAGGCAGAUCCAAAGCCUUCAACACAUGUGUUUCUCACCUGACAGCCGUGACCCUCUUCUUUGGCUCAGGCACUUUCGUCUAUUUGUGCCCAAAUUCCAACAGUUCUUGGAACCAAAACAAGCUGGCCUCGGUUGUGUACACAAUGGUGAUCCCCAUGUUAAAUCCGAUGAUCUACAGUCUCAGGAACAAGGAAAUCAAAUAUGCCCUGAGCAGAUGGAAGAAGAGAAUAUUCUCUUGGACUGAUGGAUUUUGA